CCCUACUCGUCACCCUUCAGCUGGAGGGAGGAGUAUCGGUGCUGCUGUUCACUUCCUGGAUACUGCAGGCGGUUUUGGGAGUUUUGUAAUGAAAUCAGUGUUAGGAAACUGGGAUCGGUCUGUACACAUCGCUCUUACACUUGUAACGUUUCCUUUCGCCAUACGAGCGAGUGGAUUUUGUAAAUCCAACAACACCAGAGCUUCAAGUGUCUGUACGUUAGGUUCUGUCUCCAUGUCGCCUACAACACAUAUCAAGGCCCGUUGUACAGUGUACCCAAGUUCAGACCAACAUCGCUUCCCUGUUCCAGAUAAUAAUGUGAGCUGGGAGACUCACUGGCCCGACUACAAUCCUGUGAACUACACUGCACCAUCUGUGCUAAAGAAUCCUGAUUGGGCAGAUCCAGACAUUGGUUCUUUUUCUCCACGGUUUAAUUCACUUGAUGGGCCUGUGGAUAGGCGGAGCCAUGAAGGAGAUUACAGCAUACAGGAUGGCCGUCCACUUAACCCCAGAGGAAGAACUGGUCUGAAUGGGCGAGGCCUUCUUGGCAGGUGGGGGCCUAACCAUGCUGCAGAUCCCAUAGUUACCAGGUGGAAGCGGGACUCUUCAGGCAAGAAUGUUUUUCAUGCCGUCUCUAAACGACCUGUGCUGCAGUUUGUGUCAAUUAAGAGGAAAGACUGUGGAGAAUGGGCCAUCCCAGGGGGCAUGGUCGACCCAGAAGAGUUGGUGUCUCUGACCCUUCAGCGAGAAUUCUCAGAGGAGGCUUUGAACUGUCUCCAAGCUUCUCUGGAAGAGCGCAAAAAUAUCCACGAGCGGAUCUCAAAGCUGUUCAGUUCACCUGGUUUUCAGGUGUAUAAAGGUUAUGUAGAUGAUCCAAGAAACACAGACAAUUCCUGGAUGGAAACAGUUGCUGUAAACUUUCAUGAUGAAACGGGCGACAGUGUGAGCGAGCUGCCUCUGGAAGCAGGUGAUGAUGCAGGACAGGUGAGCUGGCAUGACGUGGAUUCUUCUCAGCCACUGUAUGCCAGUCACUCACUUUUUCUCCAGAGAGUAGCAGAGGAAAGACAAGCACACUGGUAACAGGAAGGAAACAGCAAAAUGCUUUUGGGGAUGCAAUAAAAUAAAUAUCAUGCUUGAACCCAGUUAUGAUUCUUUGUACAUAUUAAUUAUAAAUAACCAAGAUUGUGCAGCGUUGCCUGGAUUUUCAUCCUUGUUUUUAAAAAAAUAUAUUAAACAGCAUUAUUCUUGAAGUACUUACCUACAGAAAGAAACACUCAGGCGGUUCUGACUGGUUUUUGACCAAUGCAAUUCAAUCGACAGCAGUUUCAGUCUGAAUUUGUAUAAUUAAAGUCAAAACACACCCCAGUAAUCACUUUCAUGUAUUGUUAUAUGCUAUAUGUGUGAACGUGUUUUUUUUUUUUUUUUUUUUUAGAAACUAGAAAUAAUCAUUCAACUUUGUUUGCUUUGUUUCAUUGAAGCCUUUUUAUUUCAGUUGUGCAUGUCAGAAUGCAGAAGGAAAAAAUAAAUGUACAUGUGGUGUCCA